AUGGCUGGAGCGGAGGCCAAGGCCGUCGCCGCAAUUCGAGCGCUUGGCCGCGGAUUUGACGUGACUUUGGAUCUCAAAGUGGAAUACGCCAAGGGCUGCCUGAUCGACGUGGAUCAAGAGACCCGCGAGCUCAUUGUUCCUGGGAAUGUGGUUGUGGAGAAUGUUUCCAAGGACAUCAAAGUGGACAAGGGAGAAAAUACGCGAUUCCGGACCGACGUUUUGGAUUUUCACCAGAUGUCCGAGAGGUUUAAUCACAACGUUGGAAUCGCAGGGAAAAUGCCGCUGGGAUUAUUCACUGCCAUGUUUGAUCUCAAAGGUCCGUGGCAAGUUGAUGCAUUGUCCACAAAAAGUCUAGCAAUCGAUGGCUACUUCGCUAUCCUUUACGAAGUGAAAGUCACGAAAGCGCCCUUGAGGCUCAUUCAGGAAGUCAAAGACGCUGUCUCAUCGACUUGGCAGCCUUUAGAACUCACCAGGUUUAUCGAGAAAUAUGGAACUCACGUAAUCACGGGCGUAAAAGUUGGAGGCAAGGACGUGAUUUAUCUCCGACAGAACCAAUCCUCGACACUCAAUGCGGCCGACAUUCAACGAUAUCUAGAUUCAAUUUCCGAACAAAGAUUUGCGGAUGGUGGUGGAAGGAGUAACAGACGGUUCAAAGUUUUCAAGAAGGGAGCAAAGAAGAAGAAUGUGGAGGUGAAGUUCAAGCGAAGAGGUGGACUAGAUUCCAUAAGGGACCACAACCCAUGGUUACUCUCGGUUCCUGACGCCCCGGAAGUCGUAUCCAUGUCGUUUGUCCCGAUAACUGCUUUGCUGGCUGACAAGCCUCCGAUUGACGAGUUGCUAUAUUUUCUAGAAUUCCAAGUACCCCGUCAAUGGUCUCCAAGUUUAGAUCCUUCUACGAGUCAAACGAGCAGCGCAAAGCUACCAGCGCUGCAAUUCUCUCCCAUGGGGCCUAAGCUACAUGUAGCUACGGACGAGGGGAAAAGUCUCAACAGACUAUCAGUUCACUUGCAAUAUCUCUCCAAUCUUCCGAAAAUUCUUGAGCAGCACUGGGGUACAAGCACGUACAGCGACGCACCGCGCUGGAAAAGGUCAGACGAAGAUCCACGGUGGUUGGAACACGUCCAGUGGAAGAGCUUCUCUCACAUCAACACCGCGCCAGUCGAGUACGUUGAGCCAUGCAUUGGUGACGAGGCCAGUGCUUUCAUUGUAACCGGCGCUCAACUCCAGGUCUCGGACUCAAGAACAAGGCCCGUGCUUUUCCUCAGGCUCCAGUUUACGAGAGUUCCUGGAUGCAGUAUAAGGCGGUCAGUGUGGGAUCACAUGCCAGCGUCGUCUCAAAAGUCAUCCAGCACCGGCUUCUUCUCCCAGUUUGGAUUCAGCUCCAGCGUCAACCCACAAAAUGCGCAACCCCAGCGCUUUGUUCAGAACUCGGCAGUGUUUUCCGGGGGUCCAUCGCAGUCUGUGCACGGUUCCAGGUUAUUAAAGUUCGUGGACAUAAACGAGAUGUCCAAAGGGAUCCAGGAUGAGCCAGGACAUUGGAUUGUGACCGGAGCGAAGCUGGACGUGGAAAACGGAAAGAUCUGCUUGAAAGUCAAGUACUCGCUGCUGAGCCUGGAAAGAAGGCAAGAAAGUUUGCAAGAAGGCGAAGAGGAUCAGAGUUUUUGCACUAGCUGCGAAUCUGGCGAUUUUUCUAUGGCAAAGAAGCUUUUUGCCCGGUUAAGUGACGGGUACUACUUCGGGACAGGAUGA